CUUUCUUUCAUUUUCGAUUCCAAAGUCAAGGCCAUUUAUGUUGCGACUGCUUGUGAAAGUGAGUAGAGCGACUGGCAGAUUCACCGAGCACCCAGAAAAAUUUAUUUCGGUGUCACGUUUUGCUUCAGAUAGAAUGUCGACCGACAAGAUGAUUGAUAUCGACGGAGGGAUUCUAGAAGGGGGUGGUCAAAUACUGCGCAAUGCAGCUGCACUCAGUUGCCUUCUAGGAAAACCGAUCCAUGUGAACAAUAUACGAGCAGGGAGAGACAGGCCUGGAUUAAGGCCACAGCAUCUGACAGGUCUUGAACUUGUACAGGAGCUCUGUGAAGGAAAACUACAAGGAGGACAAGUCUCAUCAACAGAUAUCACAUUCUUCCCAGGGAAAGUGAAGUCAGGGACACAUGUGGCUGAUACCAAAACAGCAGGGAGUAUAUGCCUUCUGAUCCAAGUGUCUUUGCCCUGCCAGCUGUUUGCUAGUGGACCUACAGAGAUGAUUCUUAAAGGAGGAACAAAUGCUAGUUUUGCUCCACAGCUAGACUACACAAUUAUGGUAUUCAAACCAAUAGCUGAAAGAUUUGGAGUUAAUUUCAGUUGUGAUAUUAUAAAAAGGGGCUAUUAUCCCAAAGGCGGUGGUGAGGUCCAUGUGAGGACUGAGCCAGUCAGAUGUCUUCAUGCAGUUGAGAUGACAGACAGAGGUCAUGUAAUCAAAGUGACAGGAAUUGCAUUUGUUGCUGGAGUAUUACCAAUCAAGGUUGCUAAAACCAUGGCCAGUGUAGCCAGGAAGAUGAUAGAGGGAAGGUUAGGACAGAUACCUAUACAGAUUGAGGUGGUGAAGGAACCACAGGAUCAUGCAGUGGGAACAGGAACUGGAGUCAUUUUGGUAGCAGAAACAAGCACUGGCUGCAGGCUGGCUGGAUCAGCUCUAGGUCAGAAAGGUCUUCCUGCUCAAGAUGUUGGUGAAAGUGCAGCAACUAUGUUGUUAACUAGUCUGGAACAUGGAGGAUGUGUGGAUGAGUACUUACAAGAUCAGCUUAUAAUUUUUAUGGCCCUUGCUAAGGGCAAAUCUGUGAUAAUGUGUGGUCCAAUAAGUUUACACACUGAGACUGCAAUCCAUGUGGCACAGCAGAUGACACAGGCCAAGUUUGAAGUUAAACAGAUUCAAGGGGAAACAUGGCAAAUAACAUGUGAAGGAAUGGGAUUGGAAAACAAAGCAAUUUAAAAAACUGAAGUUAAAAUUAAAAAGAGGCAAGCAGUCACUUUGACACCCUCUAGUUCAUAUUUCAAUUUGAUAUAUUUUGCAAUUGUAGAAAAAAAUGAAAACAGUAUUUGAAAGAAAGAUGAUCUAACACCUUUUGAUACAGAAAAUUACAUCCCGUGUUACUCAGUGAACACUCUGUUUCUAUUGUGUCACAUGAUCUUGUUUUACUACUAUAGACAAUCUUUGUUUGAACUUUCAACGAUGUUUCUGAAAUUUUGAAAACAUUGAUAAUAGAAUAGUAAGGGAAGAAAAAAAUUAAAAAGUAUGUUAGAUCAUAUAUUUUCAAUUACAGAUGGUACACAAUGUUGAACAUGCAACUUAUGUAUUGCCUAAGCAUCACUGAACGGUUAAUAAAGCUUGUACACUAGACUAUAUGCCGAUUUUCAAUGUAAUAUUUGAUGGAUUAUAAUUUCAACUAAACAUUUUUUCUUAAUACAAUACUGCUUUAAACAGUUAAAAUUAACAUAAAACAAGUUGUGCAUUCCUAUAGUUAACUGUAAGUUAGCAAGAUAGCAACUGUUCUAACAUGAAUAAGUAAUACAGUUAUAGCAUAAUAAUAAUAAGGAUAAUUGCAACUCGGUCCGCAACAAUUGAAUAACAUUCACAGGAAUGUGAAUGCUGUUCACUAAAAGUUAUGAUACACAAGUAUUUUCACACUGUAUGCUGUUAACAAUCAAUAU